UUAAAGCCUCGGAAGUGUCAUUUCUGGACUUGAGCAAAACUCCAUAUAUCUGGCGGCGGCUUCGAGCUGAUUCACGAGCUACGGGAAGAAAUGGCGACGAGAAACCAUUAAAACAGGAGGAGGGAGGAUGUCUGUGGAGGUGGAUGCAUUGCUGCAGGAGGCGAAAGAAAGCAUAGAGGCUGCCCAGAACUACCGCAGUGAACUCCAGCAGCGCCUGCAUGGCCUCAACCAGGCCCGAAAACAGGUGCGGGGGAGCUCAGGUCAGGCCCGUGAGGCCCUCCGGAGGCACUUUGCAGAGUUGCAGGCGGCCGCAACACGACUGCUGACGGAGCGACUUGCUUCCCUGGUGGCUGAAGUGGAUUCCAUGGAGGCUGACAGUGUCAAACCGCUGGAUGACUGUCAGAGCCUCAUUGAGCAUGGGGUGGGCCAGGCCGACGAGCUGCUGAGAGAGGGGGAAGCAGCUCUACGUUGUGGUCUCGGGGAGAAGGAGGACAAACUGGGCAGUUUCACCAAGAAGGCCAUGCACAUCCAGCUAGACAGUCUACCAGAGGUACCAGCGUUGGUGGACGUGCCGAGUGUUUCAGCCCAGCUGGACGACUCCCUGCUGGGGCUGAUAAGGGACAGGGUCUCACGCCACGGCUCCGUCUCCUCCCACCCACCGGUCCAGAUAGACGAGCUGCAGGAGAGGCCGGGGAGUAUUCUGGUCCGCUGGUGUAAGGUGGAUGAGGAUUUUGCAGCUGCAGAUUAUCGGCUGCAGUACCGACGAUCAGGCAGCGGGGGCAGCCAAUAUGAGGAUUCCUACAUUGGUCGGGAUAGUGAGUUUCUGGUUCUCCACAUGGACCCUCACACAGAUUAUCUGUUCAGGGUCUGCGCCCGCGGGGAGGGUCGCACUGAGUGGAGCCCCUGGAGCAUCCCACAGACGGGAUACACCACACUCGCACCGCACGAGUGGCGACCGGGCACUGAGGGCUACAUUCUGAGCAGCAGGAGAAACAUCGCACUAUGCAACGACUCCUCCCAAACCCGCUGCCAAGUCCUCUACUCCAACGCACCCACCUACUUCUGUGGUCAGACACUGACCUUCAAGAUCUCUGCAGCAGGUCAGAUGGACCGUAGGGACAGCCUGGGCGUGUGCGUGGACAACCAGAGGGGGGCGGAGUCUCUUCAGAAAGACCAGGCCGUCUGCAUCUCCACCAACGGUGCUGUCUUUGUAAACGGUAAAGAGAUGACCAACCAGCUGCCCGCCAUCACCACCGGCUCUGCUGUGACCUUUGACAUGGAAGUGGUGAACCUGUUUCCAAUCAGCAACAAUAACCUGAGCGAAGGGUGCAACUUUAAGCUGAGGGUGACCAUUGGCUCAGGGAACCGGGAGGUGGUGUUUGAUUGGCUGGUGGACCAGGCGGUGGACUGCCUCUUCUUCGGCUGCUCUUUCCUCCACUCGGGCUGGAAGGUCCUUGUGUUUUAAGAGUCACGCUGUCGAUCUGCUGGAGUUUGGGAGCUCCGUUAUCUUCAGAUUCGUCACUCUUCUUCUGUUCUUUCACCUCUUCCAUCUGAAUCAUCUGCAGGGCGACUGCAGAGUCUGGGGAAAAGACAGGAAAUAUCUGUCAUGUCUACCCAGAUUUUCUGAAAUGUAACAACAGUUAACCCUACAACAGAUUUCUUCACAUCACAAAUAUCCAUCAGUAACUGUCCACGUAGCCUGGAGUGAUCCUCCAUUUCUGUCGUGUAUAUUUUAAGAAUAUGGAAAAUUCCUGUGACCUUCCUUCACCACGUCGAGACAUCGUGAGCUGCCAGUGUACGAUGAAGCACAAAUGGAAGCUAAAAUACAGAAUUAACAUAACAUAUUGCAAAACAUAAUUUCUCCUGAGUAUGGUCAAUUCCGACUUUCGCCAUUUUUUCAAUCUUCAUGAUUCCAGAGCCAAACAUGGAAGUGCAAGAAGUCUCAUAUUUAGUAUAGUUUAAAAAAGCGGUGAGACUAGCUCAGGCGGCACCAGGGGGACUAGUUUUGCAGCAUCAGAACCGAUGAUCAGGACAGAUGAGUUAAAAAAAAAUUUGCGUUGCAUUUAUCAGAUGUUUAUUUCUUUGAAAACAGAAGCUUGUUUCCUUUCCUCAGGAAAAUUCUGUUGGUUUACAUGCGCUUAGGUAACUUGGUUGCUGUUGGCUUUCUGUAUUCAAAUGAAUCUGCUACUUGCUCAACAACCCCAGGCUUUGUAAUAGACGGUCAGCACAAGCAUUUCCUGAAUUUCCCCACCCCACCUUGAUACAAAUCCGUACCGGAAUUUUCUUAGUUCUUGGGUCCCACCGCUCCAGAGAGAGAGUUUUUGCAUAAUCCUGCUAACAAACAAGUACAUCUCCAUCUUUGGUGGAGGUAAUAAAAAUAAUUGUUUCGCUGGUACCAGGAGCAACUUGCCUCUACCAAUGCAGCCAUUUUUCUUUUUUACACGUACUGUACCUUCUCCUUUAUGAAUGAGUUUUUCUGUCACCUGCUUCUUGUGUGCAUGUAGACGUGGCAGUGACGAUAUCUGAGCCUUUUCCAGGACACAGAUGUGAUUGAUACUUUUUUUUCCCUCCAGACUCUUUGCAAACCUCAUCAGUGUCGAGCGUCUCCGUGUAGAAACGAUCAAGUUCCUGUUCAGUCGUCAGGAAGCUGUGUUGUUUUAUUUAGGCUGUUGUUUAAAGCUGUUUUAUUUGUCCAUGUAUCUGUGUUGUUUGUUUAGCCACAGUAACAGUUUAACGCAGCCUGAUUGGACACACACUCUGUUCCCAGGUCACACGAUGAUAAAUGUUUGUUUGUUUUUUGGAGCAGUAUUGUUACGAUUUGCCGCUGCCUCUUUUAACAGUUUAAACUGAUGAACCUGCUGGUAUUUUUUUUAAAUCAUCAUUAUUUGUUUAUUUUAACAACAAAAAAAACUCACUGUGAAGUCCGA